AUGACUUUUCAUCUAUCAUCACUCUUCUCAUCCUCUGAGAGCAAGUCUAAUCCACAAGCCUGUGCCUCCUUUUCGCUUCGCUCGGCACCAUGGGAUGGGGGUAAAAAGAUCUUAGUCCAUCCAUCUGGCUAUCCAAUGGAGGCUCCACCCAUGUAUACAAUUGCUAUCCCCUCAGCCAACUCCAGCAGUGUGGUAUUAUCUCACGGAUGGGGCGGAGGCCAAUGGGAUAUUGUCGGUGAUGCUCGCCUUCCGACCUUUUCAUCCAAAGUUCGCCUUACCACCCAUGGUCAAGGAAUGGAGAUGCGCUUCAGCGAAAUGUCUGGGAGUGCGACCAUUCAAACACCAAACAUGGGGAAACUGAAAUGGAAGCUUGACUCGAUGGCUCUAACAACCUUGGAAUUGCGUGACGAGUCUGGCACAAAACUGGCCAAAUACUAUUCUGGAAAGACAUCAGGUGAAAAAGUGUUGGAGAUCCUGGUUCCUCACGACGUUCGGUUCCUGGAGUUGGUGCUCUUGUCUGGCUUUGCCACAAAGACAUUGAAUAAGACUGCAUUGGAGACAUCAGGGGAGGUAUUCGGUGCUAUUGUAGGGGCUUGA